AUGACUCAAGACGAUGGGAGCGUUUCCGAUGUUGCAUUGUCCUACAACGACAACGGCGAUAUCAAAAUCUGGCUGGCUGGUGCUGGCUUCAAGAUCUCCUUGACUAUCCGCCAGCAGUCGAGGCUCACCCGUGCCAACCAGCAACAGAUGUCCCAUGCCAUUGCGAACGACUGGGCUUCCGAUGCCGUCGGGUAUAACAUGGCUGACUGCAUUGGACUUGUCAAGACAGAUCGCACUGCUAACUUCUACUUCCGUAUCAUCCCUGAGACAAGAGGGUUCGGGCUCAACUAUGAGAGUGUCAAUGUCCGUGGCCAGCUCGCUGGAUUCUUGUAA